AUGACUUAUGAGAUUUCCACAAAWWAUCAAACAAACGGAUCAGUUAAGCGAAAWCGAAAACAACGAAAAACAUCCAAAGAGUUACCAUCAAUAAAGUCGUCGUCAAAGACAUCGUUAUUGAAAAAAUGUUUAAUAAAAGAGGUCUCUGAAGAACCUACUGAACAACAAAAAAAACCACUGAUUGUGUCUAUCGAAGAGUUGCGUGAAUUUUAUUUAUGGACUGAAAAGUACAAACCAAUGAACAGCUGUGAAGUGAUUGGUCAGACCGUUGCCGUCAAUCGGUUAAAGUCGUGGCUCGAAGACUGGAGUCUGAAGAAUACCGAUCGGGCGAGUAGUGAAUACAGCGAUUCCAGUAAUGCUUUGGAUGAAUCUAAUGCUUGUCUGCUAAUCUGUGGACCGACCGGUUCAGGAAAGACAUCGAUGAUCUAUGCGGUGGCCGAUGAACUCAAGUAUGAAGUGCUUGAAUUGAACGCAUCGGCCAAACGAAACGGUCGCUUCAUAUCCAAGAUUUUGACGGAAGCGACACAAUCGCAUCACAUGCAGAGGAAUAACGAGUUGUCAUCACAGGGCUCACAGAAUACGAUUCACUCUUAUUUUUCAUCGGUGGUCAACAAUCAUAUGUUUGAACCAUUGGACAAACCGAUGAAAAAGAAACCAAAACCUAAAGGCAUUUUGAGUUAUUUUCAGAAAGUGACAAACAAUAGUAAGUCAUCAAAUGAUAAAGACAUUGAAAUUGUGGACAUCGUAAGCCAUUCUCAAGAAUCGCAAGACAAACACGAUUCUGUCAUUAAGACAUCGACUGAAAUGAAGAAAAAAUUGUCGAUUGCCGCCAAUUCACUCAUACUAUUUGAUGACAUCGACAUCAUGAUCGACGACGACAUGAAUGGCUUCUGGAAUGCCUUUAAUAAGAUCAAUGCCAUCACCAAAAAGCCUAUCAUUUUGACUGCCACUCAAUAUAUUCCUUACAUCAAAGAGUGUGUCAAUCGUUUGCAAGUCUUGAAACUUCAUCGACCAGACAGUGCACAGACUAUUGACUCAUUGAUAAGUAUUUAUCAUAAAGAUAGCCGUAUUGUUGAAAAUGGACACCAAUUAACUGAUAAUGUAUUCAAAUGUUUGUGCAAACAAUACGACAAUGAUAUCAGAAGAUGUUUGAAUGAAUUACAAUUUGGAUCACAUAGUAGUUGUGAUGAUUGUUGUGUUUGCAAUAACAGUGAAAGUGAUUCUCAAGAAGUUGAGAGUGAAAUUACUGCAAACUUUACCGUAUAUUAUAAUUCAUUGUUAUUUUCAAAUAUAUUUGAAAAUAAAUUUAAAAUCUUAAGUCAACCGGAGAGUAGACAUCGAUGGCAUCAAUGUAUGGCACCCAACAUUGAUGAUCAUUACAAUAGUAUAGCUCAAGAUAUUGUUGAAUCAGUUAAAGAGUUGAAUAAUAAUGUUAAUAAUAAUAAUGUUUUACAGUAUUUGCCACUAAAUGUCACCAAACAAACUCUUCUCUUGGAUUACUGUCCAUACAUAUCAUUCAUCUGUACGUUGGAAUCGUUGCGUCAAUCGUUGACAUCAAAUCACUCGCGACGGUCGCGAAGAUUUAYCCAUCAUUUGGACACAAAUGGUCUUUACAUCGACACUCAAGUUAAGUGUCAACUGAUGUCAAUAUUUGCCACUAAUUACAAUCCAACCAUUGAUGAGGAUAGUAGUGAUCAAACAAGACCUGUCAUCGAUUAUGAUUUAUAUGAUUGA